AUGGAGUGUCAGAGAGAUCGUCAUCCAAGUCAUAACGUUUGCUCGGCAAAAGGUUGCGGAAAUAAAAGUUAUUUAUCCGGACACAGUUUCUUUAGAUUUCCAAAGAAUCCUGAAAGGGCAAGAUCUUGGGCAGUGGCCUGUAAUCGAGAAGAUUUGUUACAAAAGCUACAUCAGCUUCAUGUGAGUCAUCGCCUUUGUCAAAUACAUUUCGAAGACAAAUUUUAUGGUCCGUCGAAAAAGAAGCUCGUUAAGACAGCCGUGCCAACAAUUUUCCCCAGUUUAGUCUCAGGUAAAAAAAUUAAUAUUCUAGAGCAGAUUGUGAUUAAACCAGAUUAUUUCUACAAGAUACAAAUUAACGUUUCUGUUUUACUGGAACAUGUAAGGGUAUCAACAUUGAGGGCAAGAUCUUGGGCAGUGGCCUGUAAUCGAGAAGAUUUGUUACAAAAGCUACAUCAGCUUCAUGUGAGUCAUCGCCUUUGUCAAAUACAUUUCGAAGACAAAUUUUAUGGUCCGUCGAAAAAGAAGCUCGUUAAGACAGCCGUGCCAACAAUUUUCCCCAGUUUAGUCUCAGGUAAAAAAAUUAAUAUUCUAGAGCAGAUUGUGAUUAAACCAGAUUAUUUCUACAAGAUACAAAUUAACGUUUCUGUUUUACUGGAACAUGUAAGGGUAUCAACAUUGAGGUACGAAUGA